ACGAAUGACAUCUGUUUCGGUUUGACGCUGCCAUCUAGUACAAAAGUACAGAACGGCAACGGUGGCUUACUAUCUGGGAAUUGGGAAUACUGGCGCAAUCGUUCGUCAAUGUCAUAUCGGUCAACGGGUCGUGUAACAGUUCCGUGAAAAUGUCUAAUUUAAAUAGCACAAUUGACAUAAAAGGAUUACGAGAUAUCGCUCCACCAUUUGGUGUGCAUCUUUCGGGAAUUUAUAAAAAGAGUCAUGCUUAUGUGACAUUGAAGGACAGACUCCCGGUGAUUCUGACCGGUGUUAUUGAUAAAUUGAGUCGGGACAAAGCGAACAUUGUUCAGAAAUUCGGAGGGGAUUCUACCGAAGAAAUAAAACGAGUUAUCGGGGAUCUUAGUCAAUUACGAAGUGAACUCAUGACCAACAAACCUCUUACACCUCUCAAAUUGUCCGAUAGCAAAGAGGAUGCUGAUGCAAAUGUUUGGAACGAUUACUUGAAAACGAGACAGGAGAUUGAAGGCCCUGCUUUAACUUGGUUCAAUACCGUGUGGCUUUUGAGCGAAUGUUACAUGUAUCGAAGGAUCAAUCAAGCUUUUGUACUAACACAAAGUUUGAAAACAUAUGAUCCUUUCGAGGACCAGAAACAGAAUGCUUUUGUCAAAUCUCUGAACAGCGUGAAACUUUUGGCCAGACACACAAUGGAUCUUUUGAGAAGAACAGACAAUGUUUCAACAGCCGAACGAAAGCACGAACUGAUAAAAUUAUUAAAGUUGAAUUUAUGGGGCAACCGAUGCGAUUUGUCACUGAGCGGAGGAGCAGAAAGUAAUGCAGUAGGAAACCCAGUCGAGCUUUUGGAUUCCUACGAAAGCGAUUUGUUGAUUGAUGAUUCCAAAAUAGUUUGGGACAUACUGAGCAAACCCAAUCCUCCAAAUGGAACUAAAAUCAUUGACAUUGUUUUGGACAACGCAGGCUAUGAGCUUUUCACUGAUUUGUGCUUAUCCAGUUUCCUCAUUGCCCAUAACAUAGUCGAUAAAGUGCGUUUUCAUGGUAAACGCAUUCCCUGGUUCGUAAGCGACGUUAAUCUCCACGAUUUCGAUUGGAUUAUCGCUUCUAUGAGCAAUUCCGAAGAUACUGAUUUGAAAGCUCUUGGUAACGUUUGUGAGCAAAAUUUGAGAAACAACAAAUGGACUUUCGAGGUCGAAUCAUUUUGGACCGAACCUUAUGAUUUUGGUCAAAUGAAGGAAAAAGCACCGGGGCUGUACAGUAAGCUGAGCGAAUCGGUUCUGGUUGUGUUCAAGGGAGAUUUGAAUUAUCGUAAACUAAUGGCUGACUUCAAUUGGGAACAUACGACAUCUUUGGAGAAGGUUUUGUCCGAAGGUGGUUUUCAGCCAACAAGUCUUGUAUCAUUGAGAACGAUAAAGGCGGAUGUUUGCGUGGGCUUGAAGGAAGAAAAGGUCAAAGAGUUGAGUGAAAAAGACAAAGAUUGGAUGAUUACGGGACAGUACGGACUUAUAAACGCGGUCAGUGUCGAUUCAUGCGUAUGUGCUAAUAGUCAUUAAUAAUAUUUUUUUUAAACUGAAAAAGGGAACAACAUGUUUUCCCAGGAGAGUUUUUUGAUCUUGAGCUUCAAAUUUUUGUAUACCGAAUUAUCUCAAAUUCGAGUGUUCUUUGCGUACGAAUAUCGUCAAUUGUCGAAUUAUCCCUUUUUUCCUCCAUAUCAAUCAUUAAUAUUAAAAAUCUCUGUAUAUAAAAACGUUUUUCUCUUACAAUUGAUUCCUAUGCUGCCACCAAAGAGAUCCCUGGGCGAAGGGAAAAUACAGAAAAGAACUGUCCAGAUCACUGGAUGGUCGAAUUAUUUAAUUUUAAAAUCAUACUUUCAGAAUCUACAAAAACUAUUCUCAAAGUUAGCCCAGCAGAAAUGUACAAAAAUUCCUUCCUUUUAUCGGAUCAAACGACUGAAUGUAACGAAAAAAGAAAGUAUUGAAACCAUGACUAUUUUAAAAACAGAGAAAUUCUCGAUAUAUUCCAUCGUCUGAACUUCAUCACCGUUGAAAAGUUCUAUUUCCUUUUGGCGAAUAACGAAAAGAAACUUCUUUUCUUUGUAUCUAUUCCGAACAAUAAUCAUUUUUAUUAUACUUAUAAUAAUACAGUACCUAAUAAUAAUGAUAUUAAGUAUAUUUGUAAAUACAUGAUAAUAUUCAAUCUGA